AUGGAGGGGUCAAACGCAGAAGAAGGCGGUUCUGUCGAUAGAGAAUAUGAUGGUGAAGAAGAUGACGAAAAAGAUGGUCGUAAAGAUGACGAACAAGAAGAUCGUACUCACCCACUGCAAUCAAUGAUCCACGAAUACAUAGGAGCUUGAGAUUGUCCAUCUCGCCGCACCAAGUUGUUCGUUCUCAGUGAAAUGAUUUCGAAAGUCGUGAGAUUAAGACCGCGCAAGGUCUCGGAAAUUACCUCUGAGUUAACUUCAUCUCGUUUCAGUGCUUGAUCGCGUAUGCCAAGCAGUGAAAGCGUAGUCCAGUGUUCAGUAGAAAGCGUCUUCAACAGAAACGAGUUCUCCUUGAAAAUCAACAUCAGUUCACGAUAGCCUAUCACAAUCGAGGCGAGUGCGAAUACCACUCUGACGUCCACAGCUAGUAUCCAGUCCAUUUCAUUUAGCGAUUGAAAAAUCGUUCCGCUUUCAUCAAGACUUUUCUCUUCCUUUUCAAUCUUCGGACAAUCAGUUCCGGCCAUAUUCGCAAAAGAGUGGUUUUCAUAGACACCGUUCUCGAUUGGUGAUUUAGCAGAACUUCUGAAGCUCAGUGCGCUCGAUUGUACGAAACUGUCAAACAAAGUAGAACGCAUUCUUUCGUCAUUCAUUGAAAUACAUCGUUCGUGCAUCUUUUUUGGAUUCGGGCGCACAUUGUCAGGAAAGAGAUCAAGUGCCUCCUGACUUUUUCUAAAUAUAGUCAAACAUCUGCUGAGGGCAGUUUCGCAAUGAAUACAUGGAGAUCUUCCAGCUUCCCGUGAUGACAACCUAAAGGUAAGUAGCUUCCUCCAGUCAUCUCGUGUUACCGGGAUGGCACCAGAGUCCACAUUGUUGUAGGUAAUUUUGACCCGUUUGCACACCUUCACCAUCAUUGCAGCAACAAGCCAUGACUUAUGUAUUCUGCACUGGUCACAGCGUUCAUCAAUUGCAAUAGAUGAUAAUGAAGUUGUGGAUGCAGUAUUUUCCACAAAAGAGUUAUUAGCUCUUAUAGUUUCAUUGUCGGGGGAAGGUGAUCGAUCUGAACAGUAA